GAUACAUCUCCCGCAGGGGGCGACAGGCUGUUUAUGUGUUGCUCUAGACUAGCGCACUCAAGAAAAAUUGUUAUCUUCUAUAUCUCAUGGAGUUCACCACCCAGGAGGAAUAAAUGGCUGCCUGCUAAGGUCAUCGGCUCUUUAUGCAAUACUCGAUACGGCAAAGGGCCGCGAGGACAAGUUCUGUCUGAUUUAUAUGUCGGCUUCCAAUGACAUUGGAUUGCAUCUAUCUCCUGUGUCAUUACAUGAUGAGAGUUUAACGGAAAAGACUUCAGAAAUGAACUACGACGCGACUAAGACGGACGGCGAUGCUCCCAUCUCUGCCUUCAUCGAGCCUUGUACAGGUAUCGAUUCUUCCACCGACACCCCGAUGACGCCGGCUUCUGCGCCCACGCCUGCAACGCCCCUGUCGGAACCUACCAUUCCCAAACUCUGGGUAGGCAGCUUUCAAGCGGUGGAGAAUGAGAAGCAGCAGAAUAUUGACAUCUGCAUUGCGGUCGGUGUUUUGAAGAAGCCUGAACCAAGUUACGUCACCGAUUCUGCUACCCCAGCCGAACCCAAUAGCUAUCCAGCUAAGGAAGUCGCUAUAUUGGAAAGCCACCACUGGAUCCAAACCGAAGAGCUUGGUUGUGGCGACAAUCCAUCAUGCCGCGGCGUUCGUGUUUAUGUACUACCCGAUGAUGUCGGACGCAAAUUGAUCCCGCGGUCGAGUACGAAAUUGAGGCGCGCCCUUAAGAUUGUCAUGGCGAAGAUUGACAGUUCGGUUGAGGCGUGGAAUGGGAAAGAAUUUUUGAACCAGAAGGGCGUCAGUAAUCUGGCGAGUGGUCCGGAGGAUGAAUCACUUUGGUAUAUCUUCAACACACUACGGGAUCCGGAACCCCAGAUGGAACGCAUGAGGAACCCGUAUGCAAGGAGGGCAAUGCAAGAGCUACUCGCAGUGACUGCGCAUGGGGAGGACGAGUCAGGCCAGUAUUAUUCCGGAGUGCUUGGCCUUAAGACGCCCCUAUACCCUUACCAGCGUCGCUCAGCUGCUACUAUGGUCCAACGGGAAGCGCAGCCUGCGCAGAUGUUGGAUCCGCGGCUGCAGGCACUCAAGAGCCCAAGGGGCCAGGAGUAUUACUACGACAAGGAAGAAGGGAGCAUAUUCCGGGAGAAGAAAAUGUAUUUGGAAGCUUGCGGAGGUAUCCUUGCGGAAACCAUGGGCUGCGGCAAGACGCUUAUUUGCUUGGCUGUGAUUCUGGCAACACGCGGCCAUUUCCCUGAAAUCCCGUUGGAAUACCAGGAGAUAAAGAACCCAGUCCGGCAAGUGACAGGCAGCCUUGUUGAGAUGGCGGCGGCGACAGCAGGCCGGUUUUCCCUGCCCUGGAAAACCCACUUUGACACCCUGGGCCAUUGCGGUACAUUCUAUGACCGGUGUGUCCGCGCAUGCGAGAUGAAUCGUGGCACCUAUACUAUAACUCCACCCCCGGCAAGGCAUAAUGGUCGAAGUAGCGUGGCGUCUACUAGACUGCCGCCUCAGCAACUCCGUCUUUGUUCAGGAACGCUGAUCAUCGUACCCCCUAAUCUGGUCAACCACUGGCAAAACGAAAUUGUGGCUCACACCGAUGGUCUCAAGGUUCUUGUGCUCCGGAACAGUUCUCACAAAACCCCAUCGCCAGAUGAGCUGUUGCAAUACGACAUCGUUCUGUUCUCCAAGGUUCGCUUCGAGAAAGAGGCGGGCGAGGCGAUCGACAACAAACGUAGUUCAAUAGCGCCCGAGGAGUCCCCUCUGACCAAACUUCACUGGCUCCGGAUCAUCGUCGAUGAAGGCCACAACGCGGCUGGUACCGGUCAUCGGACCAACAUAGUGCACUUCAUGAAGCAGCUUUGCAUAGAGCGUCGGUGGAUUGUGUCAGGGACUCCAUCCAACGGGCUGUAUGGGGUCGAAGUCAGCCUGGCUUCGCAGGAGACUCAAACCAGUGACACGGAUUUGGCGGAAGCUACAACAGCCGUACUCCGGGAUAGAAAGAAAACCGGCAAUGCCUUGAAUAGUGAGCUCAAGGACCUGGACAGGCUACGGUAUAUCGUGAUGGAGUUUCUUGACCUGAAGCCGUGGUCGAACUCUCGAGCCAACGACCCUGCCAGCUGGACCAAGUAUAUCAAGCCCCUUGGCGAAGAUGGCAGGCGGCGGAAAGCGCAGUCUUUGCGAGCUACUCUGCAGAGCCUUGUUGUGCGACACCGUCUAGAUGUCAUCCACAAUGAGAUUCCUCUUCCUCGAUUGUACAACAAGGUCGUGCAUCUUGAACCAACCUUUUACGACAAGUUGAAUCUGAAUAUGUUCAUCUUUGGCUUAGCUGUUAAUGCGAUCACUUCCGAGCGCAAAGACCACGAUUAUAUGUUUCAUCCUCGCAACCGCAAGCAUCUUAGCGUCGUGAUCAACAACCUCCGCCAGGCCGGGUUCUGGUGGGCUGGCUCAGACGACAUUUCUCAAACGAUCGACAAUGCCCUCAAGUAUCUGGAAAAGCACUCGAAGACAAUGAGUGAAGAUGAUACAGCUACAUUACGCGAAGGCGUUCGAAUCGCACGAAUGGCGCUCCGAUGUGGAAGCUGGUGCGCCUUCAAGCAGAUGCAUGAAUUGGGAGUUUUCGUCCGGGACUUUCCCGCUCACGCUCGGACUAUGUGGGCUAUUGAUCAUUCAAUGGCACACCAUGAGCCGCUUCUGUUGGGUAUUACCCAGGCGCAUCAUGCACAGAAGUUUGUCACGAAGCACUUGAACACCUACGAUCCAGCCGAAGGACUUGCCGGUGCGGGAAUCAAGGCCCGUCGAGAGCUCUCGGAGCGAGAGGGGGAUAAUGCCAGCCACAAAAAGACCACACCAGACAAGCCCGUCAAAAGCAGCUCCCCGAAAAAGACCUACUCCAAGGGGCUUUUCAAGACCUUGCCGGCCGAGUCCCCUCUGGUGCAGACCAAACUGGUCGCCACCGCUUCAGCCAAGCUGACAUACCUCCUAGACCAAGUGUCGGAGCUGCACACUGCCGAGAAAAUCAUCAUUUUCUACGAUAACAAUAACACCGCCUUCUGGAUUGCCGAAGGACUCGAACUUCUCGGGGUCGAUUUCCGCAUUUACGCCAGUACUCUCAAACCCGCUAUGAGGGUAGAAUACCUGACUCUCUUCCGCGAGUCUGAAGAGGUCCGGGUCCUCCUGAUGGACUUGCGCCAGGCAUCUCACGGCCUGCACAUUGCGAAUGCAUCCCGUGUCUUCAUCGUCAAUCCGAUCUGGCAACCGAACGUCGAGAGCCAGGCCAUCAAACGAGCGCAUCGAAUCGGACAGACGCGGCCCGUGUCCGUCGAGACCCUCGUUCUCAAAGACACCCUGGAAGACAGGAUGCUGCAGCGCCGAAAGGACAUGACAGACAGCGAGAUCCAACACGCAGAACGAGACCUCCUCGACGACAGUACGAUGAGCUCGAUCAUCCAGAAUGAACAGUUCAUUCCAAUGCCCGAGAACGAAGACACGGCCCGGAUUGCAUACCUGAGACACCCGUCGGGCCUGUUCGACCGCCACAAGCUAUCUAUUGCCGAUAACGAAGAGGAAGACAAAAAGCCAGAAGUGCCAGUACAUACAACCCCGCGGAAGCGCAAACGGGCCAUUCCUCUUGAACCCGAGAACACCGACGGGCCGGACCUGGUCACAUCAAAACGCCUCAAGUCCGCGUCACUUGGGCUGGGCUUUAUCUCGCCGCAGGGGAUCCUCAUGACGCCACCGUAAGCGUGGAGCCGGUCUCCUCGGACCUCGCCGUUUCGGGUGCUCUCGCCGUUGCUAGAGCCUGCUCACGGGAGCGGCAACGCCGGAGCAGCAGCAGCAGCGAGUAAGCCGAGCAAGAGAGUGUCUAUUUUCGGGCCGUAGUUUGACAUUGGUUGCAUUUGUAUCUGAAGAAACAUGUAUCAUAUCGACCGUACAUAGCACAUACAAUCAUCC